GGACUAUGGAUCCAAACGCAAAUCAGUGUGGAUGUAUGGCUUCACCGACAGUCCUAGGAAAGAGGCCUCAGGGCUUGAGAGCUCCGACCCCAUGGUGCUGGAGCAGUACGUGGUGGUGGCCAACUACGAGAGGCAGGAGAACUCGGAGAUCAGCCUGAAGGCCGGGGAGACGGUGGACGUUAUUGAGAAGAGCGAGAGCGGCUGGUGGUUCGUCAGCACAGCCGAGGAGCAGGGCUGGGUUCCAGCUACGUACCUGGACUCUCAGAACGGGACCAGAGAUGACUUGGACCUGGGCACCUCUAGAACUGGGGAAGUUACUAAGAGACGCAAGGCUCACCUGAAGAGACUGGACCGCCGGUGGACCCUGGGGGGCAUAGUCAACCGACAGCAGAGUCGAGAGGAGAAGUACAUUACUGUCCAGCCUUACAGCAGCCAGGGGAAGGACGAGGUCAGCUUUGAGAAAGGGGUCACCGUGGAGGUCAUCCAAAAGAACCUGGAGGGCUGGUGGUACAUCAGACACCUGGGUAAAGAGGGCUGGGCCCCCGCCUCGUACCUGAAGAAGAUGAAGGAGGACUUCUCCCCCAGGAAGAAGACCCUGAGCGGCCCCGUAGAGAUCAUCGGCAACAUCAUGGAGAUCAGCAACCUCCUCCAGAAGAAGUCUGUGAGCGAGAAGGACGUCCAGACGGACGGAGAGUCCACGCCGGAGCGCCACAUCUCCAAGAGCGAGAUCAGCCUGCCCAUGCCCUGCAGCCCCGAGUUCGGGCCCAGCUCAGGCCAGGGGUCGGGCUCAGGGUCUGGGCCCGCUCCCGGUCUCGCUCCUGGGUCCAGUAGCCCCAAUCUGGGGCCUGGUGCGGGCGCCGCCCUGCAAGACAGUAAAGGGAGGGCAGAGCCGGGGUCUCCUGCCGUGGCCCGCGUCGCCCCACACAGGGUGGAGAUAGAUUUUGACGCUAUAGGCUCUCCAAACCUCAGGCAGAAACCUCCUCCAAGAAGAGAAGCCAACCUGGGAUUCCAGUUGCCCAAGCCGCCAGAGCCCCCUACUGUUGAAGCAGAGUACUACACCAUCGCAGAAUUCCAGUCGUGCAUCUCUGAUGGCAUCAGUUUCCGUGGAGGACAAAAAGCAGAUGUCAUAGAGAAAAACUCCGGGGGAUGGUGGUAUGUGCAGAUCGGAGAGACGGAGGGCUGGGCCCCCUGCUCCUACAUCGACAAACGCAAGAAACCCAACCUCAGCCGGCGAACCAGCACGCUCACUCGCCCCAAAGUCCCGCCCCCGGCUCCGCCUGUCAAGAAAGCUGACUCGGACGAGCCUCCCCGUCUGUCCGCCUCCGAAUCUCCCAGCAGGCCUGUGUACGAGGAACCCGAGUAUGACAUUCCCGCCGUGGGCUGCGACGGCGAAUCCGACACGGACUCCCUCAAAGGCGAGCGACCCCUGGAAGUCAAGCGAAACAGUGUCCUCGUCGCGGAAAAGUAUCGCAACUCUGCCCCCGUGUGUAAGGCCUCGCCGGUGUUCUGCCACAGGAGAGCCUCCUUCAGGUCUGUGGAUGAGGAGGCCAAGGAGGAGUGCAUCUACGAGAACGACUGCUUCCGGCCCGGUAGCGGCGACGAAGGAGCUUCCGCCAAAGGCUCCAACCGGCCGAACUCUCCAAGGAGCUACUAUUCCUCCACUGUCCCACGUAGGCCCUCGGGAUCUUCCCCCCUGGCUGGGAAGCCCCACAAACCGCUCACCCCGGAGCUAGGCCGGAGCCAGACCCUGGGACGACGGGUGGAAACCAGCCCCAGGUCCUCGUCAGACGAGUCGGGUAGAGGCCCUGGGAGAGGCCCAGGAUUCAGGAGGGAGGUGGAGCAGAGGAUAGGUCAGAGCCCGUCCACCAAGCCUAAGCCCUCUGUGCGACCCAAACCUCUCCUCACUAAGUCCGAGCCCCAGAGCCCCGAGAGGAUGGACAUCAGCUCCCUCAGACGUCAGCUCAGACCUACCGGUCAGAUUCGACACCUCAAGUCCUCGAGGGGCGAAGACUCGGAAACGGCUUCCGUGAUCUCGUCCGAGGACUCCGGCUCGUCCCGGAGCACCUCGGACCUCUCGUCCGUUUACUCCAAGGGGAGUCGGGGUGAUUCGGACAUGGAGGGGUUCAGCCUUUACCGAACCACGGAUGCCUACAGCAAGGUCCAGGAGUCGGAGCUUAGCUUCCCUGCCGGGGUGGAGGUGGAGGUCAUCGAGAAGCAGGAGAGCGGAUGGUGGUUCGUCCGCUGGGGCGUCGACGAGGGCUGGGUCCCCACCUUCUACCUGGAGCCCCUCCGCCCAGGGGGAGACACGGCCGGGUCCGACGGACACCUCUCGGAGGCGGGCAGCGGGAGCAAGUCCAACAGCCUGGAGAAGAACGAGCAGCGGGUCUUGGCACUCAACAGCAUCAACCUCCAGGGCUUGAACCAGCACCAGGUGGGCAUGAGGAGAAACACUCCCCCCAUCCCCUCCAAGCCUCCCGGGGGCUUCAGCAAACCCUCCAGCAUGGUCAACGGGGCUGUCCGGAUGAGGAAUGGCGUCCACCAGGUCGCAGUGCGCCCCCAGUCUGUCUUCGUGUCCUCACCCCAACCGGUGAGGGACUCCUGCUACAUGACCGGGUCGCUGAGGCGCAACGAGUCCCUGGGCGCCAGCGAUCAAUGCCGAUCCGGCUGUUCCUCCACCACCGUCCGCCGGAACUCCUCCUUCACCACGGUUCGCCCGCACGCGGUCGUCGAAAGCCGGGCGAGGCCUUCGGAGCGUUCCUCCACGGGGUCCUCGGCGGGAAUGGGGUUCAGCUCCGGCGCCGGUGCGGAAACCUUGACCCGGAUGGGCCAGCGGAACGGCAUCCCCGUGUCCACGGUCCGGCCCAAACCCAUCGAGAAGAGCCAGCUGAUCCACAACAACUUGGGAAGGGAGGUGUUUGUGUCCAUCGCUGACUACCGAGGUGAUGACGAGACCAUGAGCUUCUCUGAAGGCACCAGUCUCGAGGUCCUGGAGAGGAACCCAAACGGAUGGUGGUACUGCCAGAUCCAGGACCCCCUGCACGCCCGCAAGGGCUGGGUCCCCUCCAACUACCUAGAGAGGAAAAAAUGAGAACGCCCACCUCGACCUGUGGUGUCAUCUGUACUUUUGCUAUGUUGGUGACAUCUCACUGUAAGGUUCGUCUUAGACUCUCCCAAUAAGCAAUAUGCUCCAAAUAUGUACAUUUCUGAGAGACUUGUGUAAAAAGCGGGUUGUUUUCAUACUCUUCGGUUAUGACAAAAGGAACUUUAGUGCUGGUUUACUAAAAAUGUACACAUGGAAGACUCUAAAAGAUUUUACGCGUGGCGGGAGAGAGACGAGAGACUGAAUAUGGAGUCGACCACCGCAGUGUCAGAAACAUUACAAGGAUGUCGUGUUUUGCGUAGUUUUUAGUAGAUUAAAUGACACCUUCUUUAAGAGGUUUACAUUGGGGGGGAGUGGAGUUUAGCAGGGUUAGGGCUAUGUCUUAUUCCUGCCCGUACAUGACUAUGCCAAACAGGUGCCUUGUGUAAAUGAUCGACUGAAGAGGAGGUUCUGAUGAAGUGGAUGGAACAUCAGUGAAUCUACCAAAGUGUAUUGCAGUGCCAUAAGCCCAUGAGAGCAUGGAUAUACAUGGAAACAAAUUAUUUUUGUAAAUGUAACGAGAAUACCUCCAGGAAAUAGGAGGGUUACUGAGCGAAAAAGGAUCAAUCUGGAGUGCUGUAUUCAAAACCUGAGUCAAACACAGAAGGUGUCGAGCGGUGAAGAGAAACUCAGAUAAAGUCAAAUGAGUGACAUGAGUCACAGUCAAAUUGAAAUAAUUAAUCUUUGAUUCUCUUAUUUUUCAGAUUUCUGUAUGUUUUUUAUGUCUUGUGUGUCUUGUCUUUCUUAGAGAAGUAUUUCUGCUUUCUUGUGUGUGACACCGACAGCCUAGAAUUGGAACAGAGUCGAAGCUUCUUGUUCUGGUAUUCUGCCAUCUGAUGAUGUGCCAUCGGCGGAACACCUGAAGCGGAGUUUCAGAUAAUUGGCUUACAUUUCCUAGUGGACCCCUUUUUUUAGAGUCAAAUGCGAUCUCAAAAAUAUCUUGGAUAACAGCUAAUAGCUGAAAACCUGAAAAAGCUUGAAACAAGUCAAAUAUUGCCUUUAGGAGUGAGAGUAGGAAAAUAUCUUGCCUUGAAUUCUCAAUAACUAACCCACCUCAUGUAUGGGUUUCUACCCGAAUCCAAUUACUAUAGUAGUUUACAAAAUAGUUUUACUAUUGACUUUAUUUAGGUCCAAAUAAUUGACUUUGUAUAUAUUGUUGCAUUAUUACGUAGACUGGUGUUGCUGCUGCUGAAGGGAUGAAGAAAUAAGUACUGGAAAUAAGGUGGAAUAAUUAACAUUUCAACCCAGGGAUUUACAAAUUGCCAUGAACCCAAAAUGUGAUCAAACCAAAGAGGGAUAUCAUUACAUUGGCUAUAUACCAUAGCUUUACACUAUUUAUUUAUGGGUACAAGUAACAGUGUAUUCAACUAAAUAUCUAAAAUACGGUGUCAAAACUGAAGUUAAUAUUUAAUAGUUUUGAAAAUAUCUGGAAGCACUUGAUUUUUUGUCAUUACCCAAAUUUGAGCACAUUGAGGUAGCUGAAUUCACUUCAAAACACAUAUAUUGCUGUGCAGUAUUGAUUUAAAGUAGAAGUUAGACAGAUUUUGGAAAAAGUGUUCAUGUUUACUGAGUUAUGUAUUUUGGUUGGCUAUUCCCUUUCAAAUGUACAUUAGUUCACAUAUUUAGGUGUUGUGGGUUUAUUCGGUUAAGACUGACCAUUACAUCAUAGUCUAAGAUCAUAGUUACUUAAUUUCCCCAAACACAAUUGUAUUAAAUUUACUCCCAAAUUUAGAAGCGUUUCAACUGGCUGGUGUUCAAGACUGCUGAAAUAUGUUUUCUACUAAACAGUGUGAGCUCUCAACUUGGGGUUAAACACUAACUUUUCAUUUAAUUUUCUGCUGAACAGUGUUAUAGUUAAAAACAAAGUAUAGUACCUGCUAGAUCGCAGUUAUCUAUUUAGCCAACCAUUGUUGAAUUUAGUUGUUACUGUGUGAUCACACAUAAACAAUUUGGAGGAACGAAGUAGUUCGGUUUUGUGAAUUAAUGCACUUUAAACAUUUGAAUGGUGCAUUAAUGUAAAGAUGCAGUCAGCAUAUUAUUUAUUCAAAAUAUUUUUUUAUAUUUAUUUUUGCAUUUAAACUCCUGUAGGGGUUGUCAAAUGUACCUCAGUCAUUGCGAAAAUUCCAACCUUUUGAAAACAAGAAUUUCUUCUAGUAACAAGAAUGACUUCUAGUCAUAGUUAGUCACGGCUUAAUUGUUCAAGUAAUCACAGAAUGCUCACUCGAGGGCCACCUGCUUCAGUGCAAUAGUUACAAUGCACUGCUGGACAGUGACUUUACCCACAGUUUUUGAAUGUUUCCAAAUAUAAUUGCAGCUAAUAUAGUACUUUAGUGAUAGUAAGUACAAAUUUCAGGUUUUUUGUAUUUGGCAAUAAUUACUUAUUUUUUUAUCUUCUAAAUUACUUUUUUUCAAUGCUGUGUGCUGCAACUUUAGCAAAUCAUGGACACUUCCUUCAUCUUUACUGUUAUUUACACAAUGCCUGAUAAGGAAUACUGUAUUUAUUUGUUGAAACUUUAUUUUGCCCUCAUGAUUGGCCUAUCCAAUAUUUCAUCACCCUAAGUGCUGUCAUUAUGGUAAAAAAGAAAAUAACUGUAAACUAAAUGUAAAAAAUUGUCAUAGCUUACAGUACUUAAGAUACAUAUUUUAAGAAAUUGCAAUAGUACUUCUUCUAAAUUCAAUGGUACGUCAAGUCCAUACCUCUGUUUUCCCUUCCACUCCCCUCCCCAUUGACGAAGGCAUUAUGUAAAUGUGUUGACUCACUUUAAACUUUUAGCUAUAACACAUAUUUUAAUGCAUAUGGCUUUGUUCAAUUGAAUACGAUUUGCAUAGCUUUGUGGCGCAUGAAAUUACAAGGGAAUUGUAACGUGUCAAGCUAGGCUUUUCCAUAUAAUUUAGCUGUGUAGAAGUGUGUCUUAAAUGUACCAUGUUUCAGUCUUUUCCCGCUUUCGAUAUUUUGGUCACAAGACUGUCAUCCUAUUAUUUAAUUUUUUUCCCUUUUUACUGCCUUUUUAUUUCAGAAAUAUAAUAUUGAGGACAUGUGCAAUAGAAGAUGGGCACCCUGCCACAACCUUAACCAACAGCUGUGUAGGAAUCCCCUCUCAUCCAGCCCUCCCGGCCACCUGAUUGGCCUGUGAUCUGUGAACGGCAUGGCCGAAACCCAAUGACCCGGCCCGUGUUGACCACAUUGACAUCUGGCUCUUUCUUUUGCAUCAACAUGGGCCUCUCUGGUCCCUCUACAUCACGUUUGUGCCUGAACAGAAUUCAAUUCAUUAUUCAGCUUUGGGUGUUUUUUUCUAUCGAGUUUGUCUCCUCCACCUAAGUUGACUCACUUGACAUUUUCCAACACGGUUGUCUAGACGUCGGCCUCUUCCUUCUCCAUUUUCAUGGCGAUAGUGACAUUUUGAAAUCCGUCACAGUUGUUAACUGGAAGAUGUCAACAAGACAACCAGACUAGUACACAGACCAGAAGGACAUGGGUUCUGCCCCCUGGACAUUCUAGUUCAACACAAAUGCUUUCUACGACACUGAACAUAGAACAACCUUCUAAUGUCAUAAACCCCAGUGCAUGGUUUGGCAACAUAGUCUCAUAAAUGGUAUUUUUGAAGGUGCAGUACAUUUGGUUUUAGGUUACAUAUUCCCCUUGGUAGAAGUCCUUAAUCCCAUAUAUGAACAGUGAUGGAGCUUAACAGCUUUGGCAGUUUCGAUACAUUCCACUGUUCUGAUAGCAAAGCCCCACUAUCUAUACAACCCCCCAUCUUUGUACGCUGUACAUACACACACACACACAGUUUCGACAUUGGCUGAGGGCACCGAUGUAUCCUUACCCUAUACACACACACAAAGACACACACACACUGAAGAGAGGAACCCGUGUCUGAGGAAACAGAUAAGGCAUCCGCCGUAUUUGGGAGGUCGACCAAGCGAGACCGCCCCCGCUGGUCUUCCUCCUGCAUCCUAUCCACCCCUCUCCUCUGUGCCCUCUCUCUUUCUACUUCAGCAAAUUGACGGGGGCUUCGAGGCGAAUCGCUCCAUGUGCCUGCUUGUUCCAUGUAGCAACUGGAAAUAGCUGUGGACUUCUCUUCUCCCCCCACCUCCAGCGCUUCAUCUCUCUCUAUUUUACACCUUCACCAGGAUCUGUCUUUCCUCGCCUCAGCCCAAGCUUUAGUUCCCAGUGGUUAAUCACUCCAGGUGGCGGGGAGGGAGGGAUAAAGGAAGAUAGGAAGGGGGGCCAAGCAGAUAAAAGAGUAUUAGUGAAUACGGUUUUGUGUUAGGUAGUACAGUGUGUGUGUGUGUGUUUGAUAGUAUGUGCAACGGAGGCGAUGGAUAGCGUGCAAGUGAAGUCAGGAGAAAGUAAGAUGGAGGUUGAUGAUGAGAAGAGUGUGCAAUAGAGGUAGACGGGGGGAACUGGAGAUGAAUCGGACAGAUACGAGACAGAGCUUGAGAGAGCCGGCCACAUGGAGAUAAAAGAAGAGGGAGCGUGAGAAGAAGAUGGAGAGAGAAAGAGAGGGAAAUACAGAGGGAGAGAUACAGUAAGAAAGAGAAUGAGCAAUAAGUUUCUCUCAGCCACAGUGCACAGACAUGAACUGGAACAGGUUGUAGGACUAGACCUGUAGCUAUUUAGCUGUUCUGUUUAUGCUGGCUACACCAUUAGAAUGUCAAGACAGGCCUCCACGACAGAGAGCUACCACAGCUCUCCCUGCUCUCUCUUCUCUCCCAGCGUCCCACGGCCCGAGCUAAUGAACCCGUCAUGAAUGGCCACAGCUGUGAAAUCUCAUUAGCCAGGCCUCCAUUUUAAUUGCGGUGCAGUCUGAAGCCGGGGGUGUAUUCUCAUUGGUGCACCGAGAGCAAAACUGCUCCCCUGCGAGGGACUUAUCAUCAAACAAAUGAAGAGACGGAUUCUCUCCCUCUCCGGCUCUCUCUCGUGUCUUCUUAAGCGUGUGCUGCGCUCGUCAUAUGCCUGAUUCAUCUCGGCGAUAGCGGGAUAGCUGUGUUUAGAUGGGGUGAGGAACGGAGGGAAAGGGAAAAGAGGUGUGUUUAGAAAGUUGUGGCAAGUGUGUGUGAGCGGGGUCUAGGGAUAGGGUCAUUAUGUAGGUUGUACGAUUUUUUUACUAGCUUGUUUUAUUGUUGUGUUUGCGCUUGAAGCAGGGUCACUGAGGAAAGGCAAGAGAAAGAUGGAAAAGAUGGCCGCCCGGCGAGUGUUAGCCGUUUGGCUAAAGUUUGCGAUACAGUGGGGAGUGCUGACUAUGCUAAGCUAACAAGCACAGCUAGACAAAACUGUCAUGCUGUAUUGAUUAAUUCGACUCAGCGGUGGUGGUUUGGGGUGGGGGUUGGGUAUGUGUUAACAAUGCUAAUGCUAGGCGCUGUCGAGGAAUGGAGGAUGCUGGGUCUUUGUGUAUUUCAAGCUGUGCUGAGGCGUUCUCUCGGUUGGACUUCCUGUUUUUAAUUACCAUCCCCUCUGUCUUUUCAUUCGCCCCACACGAGCAAGUCCAAUCACAUCGCUGCGCUCGUUCACUGCAAUUACCUCCCACCAAUCACAAGCCACUUGUUCCUCACCGUAUUCUAAGAUAAUGUUGAAAUGUUUUAUUAUUUCUAAUAUACCUUAAUCUUUUGUAAUAUGCAUAGGCCAAAAGCCUUCAUAACAUUCAUUUGAUGACAUCAUGGACAACGCUCAUGUCAUUGCAAAUGAAUGGUACUAUAGAGUAGGUGCCAAAUAUUCCUAUUUUUGGGGGAAGAACAUUUCAAGGUCCCUAACUAAAGUUGUGUCCUUGAUACGAUCUGGUCCUCUUACAGUACCCAGACUAGCCCAAUGAUGAUCCACUACCAGCAUACCUUAGUCUACCUGGACCAAAGGAGGUGCUAUAAUAAUAAUAAUAAUAAUAAUUAGUUUUUCCUUUCUUUGCAGAAUGUUUUUCUUUCACGCAACUUUGCGUAAAGGUCUGAGGGAGUCCUUGUUUUCAAAAGAUACAUGCGAGAGAAACAGAGUGAAAAAUUGCAAUGUGGGUGUUACCAGUAGGUGGGAGUUAUGAUUAGAAUGUUACUUACAAAUAUGAGUCAUGUAGUGGCUAAAGCAAUGUUCUUACAAGACUUCACAAAAUUGUCACAAACACUGCAAUUUGUCAGUGUAACAAAACGGCAGUCUGUCAGAUUAAAGCUAAUUACAUUAAAUUAAAACUGGAGGUCAUGGCCAUGUGAGGGUGUUUCUUUUGAAAACAGGGCUUUUCCUUUUUUUAUACCAUUUCAUUUUGAAAUCUUUUUUUUGUAUCUUGUUGAAUCAUGUUUACAUUGUAUCUUGCAUUGCCCUAAAGAUAAAACCUAUUAAAUGUAUUAUCUUAGUUGUUUAA